GCAUCCAUCCUACCUUGCGAGAGUGCGGUGUCAACGGGAGAAGUCCGGUCUGAUGUCUGGAGUGGUCCAAAAACCUGCGAGGACGAAAACAGAGAAGCGAUUCAAAGGUUUAGCAGACGGAAGAAAAUGGAUGAAAUCACACGAGAAGAUGUCAGUCCACAAACUGAGGGAGAGCUUACUUCACCAUCCCCUCCCAAACGACCAAAGACAGAUUGCACAAUGACAAACAACCCCAGUGGCAAAAUACGGUUUGACUUCCCAGAGCUUUUCACAUUUCGGAAAACCACUGGCUCCCCAUCAUCUACAAGUACCUCGCAGGAAAGUGCGGGCAAGGUAUGCAUAGCAGAAUGUGGGGAUAUUGAAGAUGAGAAACGUCAUGAGCAACCAGAAGACCCCCGAUUAGUUGUCACCACCAUUACUAGGUUGACAACGUCACACACUGAGGACGCACACACAGGAUCAUCUAAAGUCUGUAUGAUUGCUGCUGAAAUAUGCUUCAACCCUUUGGUGAGAGAUGAGCAGCCUCCAGUUACGGAAACUGACAAACUCAGCCCAUACCCAGCAGAUGAUGCAGGUGGGACAUUAGCAGAGUCUCACAUUUCAAACAACCCGUCCAGUCAUCCUGAUUGCAAACGGCUGGGGAAAUCACUUGAAGACGAGGCCCCUGGUGGUUGCAGUCAUCAUGCUGGAAAUGACGAAGAUUGGAGACAGGUGCGAAAUAGAGUAAGUCCAAUCCAAAAAUUCACCCUCAGUUCAAGUGAUGUCAGAUGUCAGUCUGAUUGCUCUUAUGAAGAUGCUUUACGUGACACAGGUUUCUGUAAUACACUGAGCCAAUCUGCAGAAGUUGAAGAGAGCAAUCAGAAGAGGGACGAGCAUGGAUUUAGUGAGAAUAUCCUUUUCAGCAAGGAAGGGGAAGAGGGUAACAGACUUAUAUCUUUCAAUGAAUAUGCAGACUGUAAAUCAUUAUACUCAACCCCUGAGGAGCAACCCUCUGAAAACUUGGCAGAAGGGGUAAAAAAUGAGGAACAAAUAUUAGAAUUUCAGAUUUGUGGAAAUGGAAAUGUUGCCGUCUGUGAUGGGGAAACAAAAGGCCAAGUUAACGAGAAUGGCGUGAGCGAAAACUCCAUCCCUUCUGCUGCUGAAUGUGCUGAGGGAUCAAUUGUUUCUUAUGAUGUGGUAUUAGCCAGAAAUAUCGCAACUGAGAGUGUGAGUAUUGAUGCUGACAACUUCUGUGGGGAGAGAGAGCAUGCUGGCAAGAUGAUAGCCAAAGCUUGGAGUGAAACGGCGGAUCACACAACAGAGACUCCAAUGCCCCCAAGAAUCAGUCAAGAGCCUGCUGAAGGAGAUAAUGAUGUAUGCCCUUUCAGUGUAUUUGACCCUGCAAUCUGGAGUGAAACUGACAGGAAGGCUGAGGAGAAACCCUGUAACUCAGAGAGUGCUGCAGGUGUAAAAUUAUUCCCAUCAGUAAAAGUCUGCGAGAUGGAAACCCGUCUUUCACUCUGUUUUGACGCCCGGCUAUCACAGGAAGUUUCAGCCCCCAAACACACCGGGCAGUUUAAUUACCAAAGCAGAGCACAGCAGUGCGAAGAUGAAAAAGAUGACUUAUGGCAGUCAUACACAGAACCAAAGGCUUGUACAAUCACUACCAACGUAUCACACAAAACUGGCAACGAAGGCAGCUGUCUUUGGAAAUCCAGUCCCAGCAGCAGUCCAUGCCAGCCGGCAAAGCCUCCUGCAGGGGAUGAAAAACAAGAAAGCCAUGAUACUUUGAGACAUCAGUUGAAAGCGCAGGAUCAUUCCGUCUCUCCUCCUGUCAGUCCUGACCACUUGAAGACACAGGAGGUUGAAUAUGUACAAACUGAAAAGCCAGAAAGAGAGGGAAUGACGAGUUUUGAAGAAGAAUUAAGAACCGAUGAACAUGUGAAGUCAGAAAACUCAUCAGGCUUAGAGGGAAAACUGCUGCAACAACAUGAAAAAUACAUAGAAGAGCUAAGUGAAAUGUUAACCGAUGAUUGCUUCGGUGACUGGACAGAGGAAAUAAUAAGUACAUAUGACAAUACAUUAACACACAUUAAUGAGGAAUCGGGAAAUUGGAAAAACAUUGAAUGCGUGUCUGAUCACCCAUACAGUGUCGCUUCAACAGUGAAAGGGACAACAGAAGAAAAGGACAGAAAAGAAGAGGCAAGUGUUGAAGAAACUGAUGUGCAUGGUAAUUCAGAGAUACUAGUGAAAUCAGAGGAUGAUCAUCAGCAACAAAGUCAACAGAACGGAGACGUGACUGAGGAAUGUCUCAGUGAAUGUGCUGAGGGCAAAAUGAGCGAAAGCAGCCACAAGUUAACCCAAGUCAGUCAACGUGGACACGAAAACAAGCUCAGAUGUUUCUCCGAUGCCCAGCACAGAGCUGAGACAUUCAUGGGUGAACAGAAAGAAGACCUUUCGGCUUUCACGUCUCCCCCAACAAGAGAUGCAGUUGUGCCAGGUCCGCAUGAAUUACCCCGUACACAAAACGCUGACAACAACCCCACAGCCCCACACUGUAACGACACAUUUUCACCAGUACCAUCUGGCUACGCUUUCAACGCCUGUGCGCCAGGGGGUUUUGACACUUUCGAAAAGAUCCAGCUCUCGCUAAAUGAUGAUGAUGAUGACGAUGAUGAUGAUGCUAGCCUGAGCAACAGCCCUCUCCUCACCAGCCUACCUGGUCAACUUUACCACUUUAUGCCAGAGAGCAAUGAGCAUGAUGAGUUAACCGAAGAGGAGGAGGAGGAGGAGGAGAUGGAAAGAUUUGAGUGUCAAACUGAGAACAUGGCAAAGGGAUUGACAUGCAGUGCUACCAGUUGUAAUGACCUCCCGACCUUUACCUCAGCAGCAGAUGUCAUUGCUCUAGGGUCGCCAGAGCAACAGCCUAACUGUGAAUCAUCUUGUAAUUCCUCUGAGUGCUUCCAGGAUGAUUUUAACCCACAGUCAAUGUCCUCCCCUCUUCCCCCGAGGAGCGACAGUCCAGCCUCUGACGUGAACGGCAGCCCUAAGUUUGAGAUGAAAAAACAGUUCGACAUGGUCUUGAAGGAGCUGAACUUGUUUUUUGAUAUCAGUCUAAGCGGUUUAGCAAGUGACGGUAGAACAUCGUCACCUGAGCAGAGUAGUGAUGUCACUGGAGCCUUGGAGGGCGACACUUCAAACGGCAAAGAACAUCUCAGCAGCCCCAAACUAGGACCACAUAGAGACACAUCAUCAGAUGAUGCUGAUGAAGACUGCAGCAUGGAAAUUUGUGGAGGAGAUCCAGUGGUUUCCUGUUCCUCUGGCAGCGGUAACGGCGAGCAGGAGGUGCCCCUUGGCAGCCACCUGUGCCAGAAAACAUCCAUGUACACUCCAGAGAAACGCAUAGAGCCCCAGGAGAUGGAGCAGAAAAGGAAAAUGUGGUCUCCGUCCUUUGCGUGUCAACCAUUCUUGGAACUACUGAGCCACAGACAGCCGGAGCCACCCAGGAGACUGGAGCCUCUGAAAACAUGCUCACGGCCGAUCCGGGUUGGACUUUCAAAGAGAGCCAAGACCAAACACCUCCACCAUCUCCACUCCUACAAAUGAACGUUGGAAAUGUAAUCAAGGUGAUGUGCAUGAGUGUUUAACGAAGCUCUCCUCUGUUGCCACGUUCAUUAACUGAAAUGUUAUUUUUCUAAUUUACGGUGCAUCGUUCUUGGUUUUUGUGAGUGGUUGUGGUUCCUGUUUAUUUGUACCACUGCCUCUUUGUCCAGGGGAGGUUGAAUCAAAACGCCCUGUCCCAUUUAUACAUUUACAUGCAUCCUCUCAUGGGAAAUUCCUAUAUAGUCACAGUCUGCUGCUGUUUGCCCACUGAGCAGCUGGGGAGUAAGUGCCUUGCCCAAGUACACCCUGACAGUAUUUGUUGAUGAAAGAAAACCCGCUUCCUGCCCACACUUGCCCUGCUGGAAAAAUAUUCCAGUUUAAAAAAAUAACUUAAUAUUUAUGUAUCUAUCUAUUUAUUUAUUUAUUUAUUUGCUUCUUUUUUAAUUAAUGUUUUAAAAAUGUAGCCUAUAUAUCCUUGUUGGUCUCGUAUUUAUAUACUACUUACAGUAUAAGUUAAUAUUUAUAUGAACUAGUUUUUACUUUAUUGUGUUGUAUGAAAUACAUCCAUGUUUUUCAGGUUUUUACAAUAUAAUUGGUUCUUAUGUGUUUCACUGUGGGUGUAUUGAUACAGUAUGCUACUUGUUCCUGUUUUACAUGUGGGCGUAUUCUGUCAGGCUAAAUGAGCUUAGUUACUGUUGUGUUCUGUAUUUACCAUUAAAUCGCUUCACGUGUGCUACUGUA